AUGUCGUCAGCACUGCACCAUAACUACUUCCACUUAGAUGUGUUGCUAAAGAUGAUUUUGAGUGUUUGCAAGGUUGUGCUGACUUCAUUUGCUGACUUGGAAAUCUGGAAGGUGCUGUUGCAGAAAUGGGGUGUGUAUAAACCCGAACCACUUGGUGAUUUUUGGUGGGCCCUCCUUGCUACAGGACUUCUUUUCUUCUAUCAUUUUACCUUUCUUCAGAUCCUUGGCUUGGUCACAGAAGUUAAUUUGAACAACAUGCUUUGUCCAGCAAUUUCGGACCCAUUUUAUAGCUCCUGGUAUCGGGUCUGGGCAUCGGGACAUCAAACGUUGAUGACGGUGACGCAUGGGAAGUUGGUUACUCUUCUCUUCUAUGCUGCUGCUCCUGCUUGCAAGUACUUGGUAGAUAUGGUCAAGUUGCCAAUGAAGAAAAUAAUUUGAAAUGUUGCAGCAGAUCUUACAUGGCAAAGUAUAAUAUUUAGAUUUUUUUUUCAACUGGUGGCAGAAGAUUUAGAAAGGUAGAUUUAAAACAAAGGCUGCAAACAGUGGCAAAAUUAGUGGCCUUAAGGGAUCUUUAUCUGAAAUGAUUUUGUACUUUUUGAAAUACAAUGAAACUGAAUGUUCUUUACAACUUCAGAUUUAAAUGAGCAAGUUCAAAAAAUAUAAUUAUCACGAUAGAAAGUGAACAGUCGUGAAAGGUACAGGAAAAGGUUUGGACAGAUUAUUUGCUCUGUUUUGCCUUCCCAUGUAUUGUCUCUGACGACAAAAGUGCUGUUAUCUAAUAUGUUUCCACUGAAGUAGCUUUUGAGUAACUAUAAUUGAGCAAUCCAUCCAAAUAAUUGGAAAUAUUAAGUUAUGGAGUUCAAGGAAACUAAUGGAAAUUAUUCUGUUAUGUUUUUUUUCUCACAACAUGAGGAAGCUAGUUUAUUUAUGCAUUAUAUGAAAAUGUCACAACAUUACUUACAACACU